AUGGGCCUCAGCAUCUCCUCCCUUUUCUCCUGCCUCUUACGCAAGAAGCAGAUGCGCAGGGGCGCCUGGCGGAUGUGCAUUUUGAUGGUUGGAUUGGAUGCUGCUGGCAAGACGACCAUUCUGUAUAAACUGAAGUUAGGGGAGAUAGUCACCACCAUUCAUACCAUUGGUUUUAAUGUGGAAACAGUAGAAUAUAAGAACAUUUGUUUCACAGUAUGGGAUGCUGGUGGUCAAGAUAAAAUUAGGCCUCUCUGGAGGCAUUCCUUCCAAAACACCCAGGGUCUUAUUUUUGUGAUAGAUAGUAAUGAUCGUGAAAGAAUUCGGGAAGGAGCUGAAGAGCUGCAGAAAAUGCUUCAGGAAGAUGAGUUGCGAGAUGCAGUGUUGCUGCUUUUUGCAAACAAACAGGAUUUGCCAAAUGCUAUGGCCAUCAGUGAAAUGUCAGAUAAAUUAGGUCUUCAGUCUCUUCGUAACAGAACAUGGUAUGUUCAAGCCCCUUGUGCUACACAAGGAACUGGUCUGUCUGAGGGACUUGACUGGCUGUCAAACGAGCUUUCAAAACAUUAAAUGAAACUGGAUAUCUAACCAAGGACACA